AGUGGCAGCAGCGAGCUCUGGCCGUGACGUAGCCCGGUGACGCAGACUCGCCCUCCAUCGCCAGAAAACACCAUCUACAAACGAAGUCAGUCCUCACGAUUUAUGGAAAUAUGUAGUUGGCUCGUACAGUCCAGCACAUUUCGACGACAGGAGCUCUAGUGGAGCUGCGCUGUUACAUGGGAAGUUAACAUGGGUGGCCUUGAUGAUGAAGAUAUGCCAUACGUUGUGAACAAACAAAAACAAGACGAAGAGCUGAAGAACAAGCUGAAUGACAGCAGCCUCUGGUGCGACCAGGAGUCCACUGGCAACAAUGCCAAGUGGGUCAAAGAAGGCCAGAACCAGCUGCGGAAAGUAGCUGAGAACCAACAGGACCAGGACCACAACUGCAACAUCAGUCAGAAUGGGAACAAGGAUGACUUCCCUCACCAGAACACCACUCAGGAAGAACAACAGGGGAACGAGGAGCAGACCAAGUCUCCCAAGAUAGCAAUGACCCCUGGUCUCAGUCAGGAGGAGUCCAAGAACAUCCUUAACCAGCCGCUGCUCAUCGAUACUCUGGAGUCUACAGAAGAGAAAGAAAGAGAAGAAGAUGCUAAAGAGAAGGAUAACACAUCAGAGGAAGAUGAAGAAACAUCAGGUGUUAUCAGAGGAGAGACGGCAACAGAAGAACCGAUUGAUGUGGAGUCUCAGCAAGAAAGUGGUGUCGUUGGGAGAAAUGCCUGCCUCCUGUUCUCCAACAUGAACGGGACACCAAAUGAUGAGGAAUCCAGCUGGCCUGCACUUUCUCAGGACAACCCAGCUGACAGCUCUCCAAAUGGCAACAGAGAGUCCUUUUGGGAUUCUAGUGCCUUUGAGACCGACACGGACCUGCCUUCAGGAUGGAUGAGGGUUCGAGAUACAUCAGGCACAUACUACUGGCACAUCCCCACAGGCACCACCCAGUGGGAGCCUCCUUCACCCCAGGGUAGAGUUGGCGACUCCAUGAUGUCCUCGACUAUGUCCCUGGAGACUACGCCCUGUGAGGAGACUGAGGAAUCCUGGGCUCAUCUUUCCAGCACAGAUGAAGGAGUCGGGGAAGGGGAACUGUGGAAUGAGGAGGCUGAGGUUGCAUCUGAUCAAAGUCUGAAGGAGUUUGAAGGGGCAACUCUACGCUAUGCAUCCAUAAACCUGAAUUACAAUUUCCCCCAGUCCGAGGAAGAGGAGAAGCUCGCUCCACUCUGCACAGAUUUGGAAACUAAGUGUUUUGCAGUGCGUUCCCUCGGCUGGGUGGAGAUGUCUGAGGAGGACAUGGUACCUGGCAAGAGCAGCGUUGCUGUCAACAACUGCAUCAGGCAGCUCUCUUAUCACAAACACAACCUUCAUGACACUGCCGGCAUCUGGGGAGAGGGUAAGGAUAUGCUGAUGGUCCUGGAGAACGACACCAUGAACUUGAUCGACCCGCUGGGUCAGACUCUGCUCCAUGCUCAGCCCAUUGGCAGCAUCCGUGUUUGGGGUGUUGGCAGAGACAAUGGCAGGGAUUUUGCUUAUGUGGCUCGAGACAACCUGACUCAAGUUCUGAAGUGUCAUGUUUUCCGCUGUGACUCGCCUGCCAAGAACAUAGCCACCAGUCUACAUGAGAUGUGCUCAAAGAUAAUGAUGGAGAGAAAGGCGACCAAGCCAGGGGUGAGCAGGCUCAGCUCUGACCUGAGUAACCCUGUGGUCAUCCCUAUUGAAGAGUUUCCUGCUCCAAAAAAUGAACUCUUCUACCAGUUCCAUGUUUAUUACCUUGGUUGUGAGGCUGUGGCUAAGCCAGUUGGUAUGGAUAUAAUCAACGACACGCUUGAGGCAGCCAUUAAGGGCAAAGAUACAAGUGACUGGACUCCGGUCUCAGUGGAUAUUGCUCCAGCCACCCUCACAAUACUUUCAAAACAGAGUGAGGAGGUGCUGUCCGAGUGCAGGGUGCGCUUCCUGUCUUUCAUGGGUGUGGGAAAGGACGUCCACGCGUUUGCUUUCAUCAUGUCAGAGGGGCCCCAAGAUUACACCUGUCACAUGUUUUGGUGUGAACCCAACGCAGCUAGUCUGAGCGAGGCUGUGCAGGCUGCCUGCAUGCUUCGUUACCAGAAAUGUUUAGAUGCACGUCCGCCCAGCCUGGCCUCCUGCCUGCCUACUGUUCCUGCUGACUCUGUGGCUCGACGGGUCAAGAAGGGGGUGCAGAGUCUGCUGGGCAGCUUUAAGAGCUACAGGUCAGGCCCUCAAUCCCCUUGAGUUGGAGUGAAGAUGGUCGACAGUCCAUUAAACACAAGGUCCAUCACCACAGCCGCGUCUCAUUGUCACUCCCCCCUCAUCUUUCUCCCACAGUUUCGCCUUAUGACCGUUUUACUUGUCUAGUCACUAGUCUGGUGUGUGGAAUAGUUUGAGGAAAAUACAUGUGUGAAAAGAUUGCAUUUAUUCCCCUUUUUGGCUUUUACCUAAUACCCCCUUUUUAAACUCCCGUCUCUAAACAAAUGAAACCCUGGCCUCCAAUUCUUUUUGUUUUCUUUGCUGGGAUUCUUUCUGUGAGUCUUAACUAUUUUUGUGUUUUAACAGAAACAAUGCUAUGAAUGUUGGAUAUGGAUGUAAAAUAUAUUUACAUACAGACGCUAGAAUUAGCUUGAAAAAGAGCUUGAAAAAGAGCUUGCUAGAUUCUCUCUCAGAAAUGGUCUCUUUCCUGUUUCCAACGCUCUUCCUUUUUUACAUUUUUAAACAAGGUACUGCAACACAGUCGUUGUUAAGAAUCCUCAUAUUGAUUCUCUCUCCCUCCACCACCUUAGGUUGUAACAUAAGCGGCGUCUCAGUGGUCUCAGUGCCAUGUAGUUCUAUGGCCCAGACCCUCCCCAACAAUUUAUUUUCGUCUUCCAAAGAGCUUUACGGUCAUCUGUCACGUAGUGUGCAACCACUGAUUUGAGUGUCUCAUACAUUCUGCAUGAACAUUUGCAAGUUCAGUGCUACUGUGCAAUAAUCAGAUGUUCCUGUAUGGUGUGGUGAUGCGGUGGCUGCCUUGUGGUUUAUUUGUUCACUUUAAUGAGAGAGUCUGGCUGGAUUGGAUGUGAGGCUAAUGGAACAACAGAGCCAUGUUGAAGAUCAUUAUCUUGUCAUAGAAAUAAUUGUAAUAAAAAAUACAAACUCUGGGUUUUCACACAGCCAUUUCUCACCAACAACUACUGAAUAGUAGAAACUCACCACAAGCUGCAUGUUUUGAUAGCUUAGAGUUCUUGCUGCUCGCAGCAGUGUAGUGCUUAAGACCCAUCAAUGUAUCCUGUAAAUUCUUUCUCUGUGUUUCCGUAUGGUAAGAGGAGGCUGGAGUCGAUGUGUUGUUUCGUGUUGCAUAGGCAUGUCACUCUAGUUGGUGUCAGUGUUUAUCAUAAGCUAGCAGUAGAGCGUUAGACUUCCUGUUAGUUCCUUCAGACUGAAAAGAUGAGAGCAGGUUAAUGUUUGUAUUUACAGUUUGUGUAUGUGGGACACCUAGAUAUGAUUUCUCCAGUGGUUUACAUUUUUGCUUUUUCCUUGGCCACAUUUUGACAUUUGUGGGCCCUGGCCACUCCAGUUAAUGUAUUUUUUAUUGUUUCCCCUCAUUACAAUGUACACAUUAAGAUGACAUUCACGUUAGAUUUACUUUUUUAUAAAGAAAACACUAAUUAGCCAAGUUGUAUUUUAUCUUUGUGUGUCUGUCAGUGAUAAAUACUGUAUGUAUGUAGCGCAAUAGUAAUAGUCAUCUCUAAGGUUAAAGAUGCAGUUUGUAAGAUUCUUUGGUAAUGUUGACCUCUGCAGGGCAUUUGUUUGGCCACGUUGAGACAUUGGUAGCUACUUAAUAGAUAUCCUCAGGCUAACUGAUUCCACUCCAUAAGAGAUACACAAUAAGACAAACCCACAGCAUUCAAUUAAAUUACAACAGAUAUUGUGAAAAGUAAUGUAUAGACAUGCAUUACAAAUACAACUUUGUAUUUAAAAGACAAAAAUGCAUCUAUGAAACUGGUGUCUUAAUGGAUAACACUGAUGUUAAAAAGAAGGACUUUGUGUUGGUGUAACUGGUGCGUAAUGAGACAUCUAUGGUCUAAAAUUAAAGCCAUUUGAGAUCAUUUUGAUUAAUUCUCAUUAACCUGCUACCAGGGUUGUAUUUUUAUAUUUAAAAGAAGUUGAAAUCAGACGGUUCCUCAAAAGUGUAGAAAAAAGCUAUAUUCCAUGUUUGAAACGUAGAAACGAGAAGUGUGACACUGUUCUCUGAGACAGAUUCCCAGCUAUAAAGCUGUCAUGCAGUCUGCACUGUUGACCUUAUUGUUGGACCUUGUCGACCAAUUUUGAAAGCAAUACAAUGCUUUGUGACGACUGGCCUUUCUUCAAAAUAAUUUCUCUCUAUAGAUGUUUUUAACAUUUUUGAAGUUAUCACUAACACUAAAACUCUUACCAACUGCUUCUUUAUAUGUGUAAGAUAUAACACUAAUGAAAAUUAGUCUACAUUGACUCAUAUUACGGCCAUGUCAUGUGUCACUUGGAAUUAUUUUUGCUUUUUCAGAGCGAGCUGUGUCCAGUCAGUGGCAACAUUAAAGCCAGAUGAGUUCAAGAACAUUAGCAGAUUAAUUUAUUUCUGUUCAUGUAAAUUAGGUGUAUAAAAUGUGUGUAUAUAAAAGUCACUGCACAAUAAAUGUGAACAUAUCAUA